AUGACCUCAAUAAAUAAAGAACAAUUACAAGAUCUCUUUGAAAAAGCUUUGAAAGCCAGAGAGUACUCAUACUCUCCUUAUUCCAAGUUUCGAGUAGGCGCUGCCUUAUUAUCUGACGAUGGAACGGUAUUUACAGGUAAUAAAGAUAUAGCUAUGUGCAUUCUUAUUCUAAUGUUGAACUCCCUAGGCUGCAAUGUUGAGAAUGCUUCCUAUGGUGCGGCGAUUUGUGCAGAAAGAACAGCUUUUGUCAAAGCAGUGAGUGAAGGUCAUCGUAAAUUUACGGCCUUGGCUGUCUCAACCGAUCAAGAAGAAUUUGUUUCUCCUUGCGGCAUUUGCAGACAAUUUAUAUCUGAAUUUGUUACGGCAUCAACACCCGUUUAUUUCUUAAAUGCAAAGGGCGAUCAUCGAGAAUACACCUUUGGACAGUUAUUACCACUUGCAUUUGGAUUAGAACAAGGCGAAAGGUAUCUUCAAUAA